GUCCUACGUCAGUUCCGCUCGACUCCACCCGCUCCCCCCACCCCACUCCCGCGUUCUCCCCGCGCGCAUGCGCCGCGCAGCGGCGCCUUUUACGACGCGGCAGGCGCGGCGCGCUUAGUGGCCGGAGCUAGGCGGCGCGGAGCUGGUCUGAGCCCAACCGAGCGAGCGCGGCGGUGGGGCCGAGAGGACGCGCAGGUGGCGGCGUCGUCAUGUCGCACGGUCACAGCCACGGCGGGGGCGGCUGCCGCUGCGCCGCCGAACGGGAGGAGCCGCCCGAGCAGCGCGGCCUGGCCUAUGGCCUGUACCUGCGCAUCGACCUGGAGCGGCUGCAGUGCCUUAACGAGAGCCGCGAGGGCAGCGGCCGCGGCGUCUUCAAGCCGUGGGAGGAGCGGACCGACCGCUCCAAGUUUGUUGAAAGUGAUGCAGAUGAAGAGCUUCUGUUUAAUAUUCCAUUUACGGGCAAUGUCAAGCUCAAAGGCAUCAUUAUAAUGGGAGAGGAUGAUGACUCACACCCCUCUGAGAUGAGACUGUACAAGAAUAUUCCACAGAUGUCCUUUGAUGAUACAGAAAGGGAGCCAGAUCAGACCUUUAGUCUGAACCGGGAUCUUACAGGAGAAUUAGAGUAUGCUACAAAAAUUUCUCGUUUUUCAAAUGUCUAUCAUCUCUCAAUUCAUAUUUCAAAAAACUUCGGAGCAGAUACGACAAAGGUCUUUUAUAUUGGCCUGAGAGGAGAGUGGACUGAGCUUCGCCGACACGAGGUGACCAUCUGCAAUUACGAAGCAUCUGCCAACCCAGCAGACCAUAGGGUCCAUCAGGUUACCCCACAGACGCACUUUAUUUCCUAAGGGCUGGCCAAGGCUCCCGUAGAGGCGCUGUGUCAGUGAAGAUGUACGACUACCUAUUGGGAAGGACAAAGGGAUGAGGCUCCAGAGAGAGUUGGCUGCCACAGCCUCUGCCAAGCUUUGUCUUUGGGGCUUGCUGCAGAAACCUGGCCUACGGAAGAUACGACACCACUGGGAGGGUUGUGUAGGUGCCAGGGGACCAUUGUGGUUCUCUAGGGCGCUGCAGAAAUUGGGUCUUGGGCUGGGUGGCAUCUGGCAGUCAUGGAUAACGCUUGCUUUUCCAGUUAAUGUGGCCAUGUGAUUCCAAGUGUCAUGUUGCUUUGUGGCAGGAUUGUGUGACUUUUUUUUUUUUUUUAAAGGAAACUAUUUGUGGGCUAUAGGAAACUUUGUGACGCCUCAGGAUUGUGUUAGUAGUAGCCAUCAGGAGGGUCUCCAGCUAAAACACUUGUUCCUGCUUGCUCCUUUCCCCUCUCAUUGUUCAGCAUUCUUGUCAAGUUGCCCAGCUUGGAGUUGUCUGUCACGCACAUGUGUCCUGUGGUUAUAGCUAGAAGGGCAGGAGUCUCCUGCUGAUGCGUGAUAGCUUAAGCUUGGGGAGAAGGUCUUUUCCACUGCCUAGCUAAGCAGUCUGGGGAGAGCGUGGGGAUCAUUUCUGUGUGUGUGGGUAAUCUGGUUGGUAAGAUUGAGACUAGUUAAGAUUCCCCUUGGAACUUCCUUAAUGUUUAUUAGCUUCUGACUAGUGUUGUAAGUCCAAUGUCAGAAUUUGGAGAUUUGAGUUCUUCUUUUCAUGGCUUUUAUUCACUGUGACUAAUAAGCUUCCUAAUAAAUCCUUGCCAGACUUAA